AUGUACGGCGCUGCGCGGCAGAGAAGGACACAACCGGCAUUUGCCCAGCUGCUGGAGCGCUGGCUGGAAACUGUGAUGACCUCGUUCCACGACCGGGUGCUGCCGCUCAAUGAAGCGGCAGCCAAGCGCUGGGGUCUCCUGCACGCGGAACUGGGCUACACCAAUUCCGACCUGCAGAUAGCUGCCACCGCGCUGAACCACGACUUGACAGUGGUCACUCGCAACGUACGGGACUUCAUCUCCACAGAGUCAGGGUGCUGA